UCAGUCGUUUCUUCUCAUGACUUACAGGGUAUGAAGUUGGUAUGCUUUUCAUGAACGCUGAGGAAUCUAUUCCCCGAACAGAGCAUGAUUCAGCGAAGUCAAUGAAGCUAAUCUUUUAUGGCACCCUGGUUUGGUUCUAAGUGAUAACACCUCAGCUGUAGUAAAGUCUGUGUCAUGGGUUUCCUCUCCGCUCCCACAGUCCACUCCCUGACUCCUUCUGAGAGCGGGUACAGUGAGGAGAUAAGAGUAAUGUUUGCUCUCUAUUGUUUGUUUGACUUGUGACCCUUGUGACACUCCACCUGGGGAGGUAUGCUUGUAUAAAGAUGUGCUGGCUGGGAUAACAGCUCAGCAGAAGAUCAGAGGACUCUUGCACACUCCACUACACUGCAGUUAUGGCGUGUGGUUCUUUACAGUCCUCACUAGGUGAAGUGUGGAUGUCUCGAAUAAUGCAUGGCGGCGGUGAGGGAUCACUGGACCGGCUUCUCCCCUCGGUGAGCAGCGGCCUGUCAGCCAGGAAACGGACCACCAGCCAGUGUAAGUCCGAGCCUCCGCUCCUGCGCACGUCCAAGAGAACCAUCUACACCGCUGGCCGGCCGCCGUGGUACAACGAGCAUGGAACACAGUCCAAAGACGCUUUUGUGAUCGGCCUGUGUGGCGGCAGCGCCUCAGGAAAGACGACUGUAGCCAGGAAAAUCAUCGAGGCCCUAGAUGUGCCCUGGGUCGUUCUACUUUCGAUGGACUCUUUUUACAAGGUCCUGUCCCCGGAGCAGCAGGUCCUGGCCGCCAGCAACGACUAUAACUUUGACCAUCCCGACGCCUUUGACUUUGACUUGCUGACGCACACCCUGCGCAAACUCAAACAGGGCAAGAGCGUGAAAAUCCCCGUGUACGACUUCACAACUCACGGGAGGCAGAAGGAGUGGAAAACCGUAUAUGGCGCCAGUGUCAUUAUCUUUGAAGGAAUCAUGUCCUUUGCUGACAAACAGCUUCUGCAGUUGCUGGACAUGAAGAUCUUCGUGGACACCGACUCCGACAUCCGGCUGGUGCGCCGGUUGAGGAGGGACAUCACGGAGAGGGGCCGCGACAUCGAGGGCGUCAUCAAACAGUACAACAAGUUUGUGAAGCCCGCCUUCGAGCAGUACAUUGAGCCCACCAUGCGGCUGGCGGACAUCGUGGUCCCACGUGGCGGUGGAAACAUGGUGGCCAUCGAUUUGAUUGUGCAGCACGUUCACAGUCAGCUGGAAGAGAGGAAACUUCGCUGGGAUAUGGCAGCCCUGGCUUCGGCGCACCAGGCCCAGCCCCUCCCCCAGACCCUCAGCGUGCUGGAGAGCACCCCCCAAGUCAGGGGCAUGCACACCAUUAUCAGGAACAAGGAAACCAGCCGCGACGAGUUCAUCUUCUACUCCAAGAGGCUGAUGCGGCUGCUGAUCGAGCGGGCGCUCUCCUUCCUGCCGUCGCAGGUCCGCGUAGUCCAGACCCCCCAGGGAGAGGAUUAUGAGGGGAAGGCUUUCCACGGGAAGAGGAUCACAGGCGUGUCCAUCCUGCGAGCCGGGGAGACCAUGGAGCCGGCGCUGAGGGCCGUGUGCAAAGACGUCCGCAUCGGCAAAAUCCUCAUCCAGACCAACCAGGACACGGGAGAACCGGAGCUGCAUUAUCUGCGUCUGCCCAAAGACAUCGGCGAGGACCACGUGAUUCUGAUGGACUGCACCGUGUCCACCGGGGCCGCCGCCAUGAUGGCCGUACGAGUCCUCCUGGAUCACGACGUUCAGGAGGACAAGAUCCUCCUGGUGUCGCUGCUCAUGGCGGAGAUGGGCGUCCAUUCUGUGGCCUACGCUUUCCCACAGGUCAAAAUCAUCACCACGGCCGUGGACAAGAAGGUCAACGACCUCUUCCACAUCAUACCCGGUAUCGGAAACUUUGGGGAUCGAUACUUCGGAACGGACGCGCCUCCUGACUGGAGCGACGAGGAGAUGGACGAGCCCAGCUGCUGAUUAAAGUAUCGACGGGGCUGAUCCAGGGCCGCGGUCUGGAGUGGACAAUAAGGGGACGUGAAGAGUGUGUCUGGUCGCCACACGCCUCCUCCAGCGUCCUGCAGAAUCAAGUGAAAACAGAAAAAACAAGAAUGAUCAAGAAUGAUGUUAUUUAACCCUGUGGACGCUGCGUCUGAAAUAUCUUUAUUUGUAUAUUAUGUUACAAAAUUGACUUUUUUUUUGUGCCUAAAACGUGACAAGCUUUUGAAACGCUUUGAGGAGAAUUCUCUUGCCUUAAGCCGUGCACUGUGGAGCGACAAUUGAAUGUGAAUUUGCACGAGGAAAAAAAAAAAGAAGAAGAAGAAGAAAAAGAAGAAGCUUUUCGGGUUAUUUUUCACCACAUACCUUCCUCACAACUUUCACAAAAAGUAAAAUCGGAACAUGAACUCGAGUUGCUCAACUUCCAUCGCCAUGAGCGCUUUCUGAAGGACCAUUCAAUUGGAAAAUGUGUAGGUGUAUCUGUCUUUUUUUUUUUUUUUUUUUUUUAGCUCUCCGGUUCAGGCUUUUCCUUCACUGCGGAUGCUGACCUAACCAUUUGAAAAGGAUGUUGAAAACCGUUUUACAUUAUACAGCUUUAAGUACGUACUUGUGGCGUGUAUUUAUGCAGAAUUUGUUCCUCAUUUGCAUAUUUUUUUACUAUGGAUGGACCCGAGGAGGCAGCGGCUCAGUCACAUUGCUGCCGUGCUGCUCUGAAAAUGGGUCGUCUGCAUUUAACAAACACAGAUGAAGUGUUUAUCUCCGCUGUACGUGUCGUGAUUUUUUUUUUUUUGCCUUUAUAGAUUUUAUAGACCGUUGAAGAAAAAAAUAGAACUCAUGUUAUCAGGAGGUCAAAAAGCUGUCCGAGGAGUGCCUCAAGUUUUAUUUAAUUUUUUUAUUAUUUGUUUAUUGUGAAUGGGACCGGUUUGUGAAAAUGUGUAACUAUUUAAUGCCGAGUUUCUCAGUAGUGACUCGAGGCCGUGGGGAGUUUACACAUUCUCCCUGUGUGUGUUUGUGUGUGUGACAGAGAAAGAGUGUGUGAAUAAAGUUCCAAAGUGAAAUGACUGAAACAUUGCUUUAGGGUUUAUGUAUGUUUUUUCAAAGUUCACCAAUAAUCGUCAUUUUUGAUUCAUUGUAUUUUACAGCACAUUUCAUAUCUCACUAGUAUUGUUGGAAGUUUUGGGGCAAAAAAAGAGUGUAUCAAAGGAAAAACAAAACAAAAGCUUCAUGUUUUUCUUGGGUCGGCUGUUGAAUGUGAACAGUAUUCCUCCUGAUAUCAGUUGCUUUGAGCUUCGCUUACCUGCAUGUCUCGUUUUUAAUGUUUAAUAAAAGUGCAAUAUAGAUUUGAAACGA